UCUCGCAAUUAUAUCCAAAUUACACCAUGAACUCAAAUAUGGAUGACCACCAAAACUCACUAGUGUACACCAAUAAUUUUGAGCUUCACGACUUCAUUCACGAUCCAAACUUUGAUCAAUCUAUCGAUUUAAUUCAUGGUGAGAAUGAAGAUGCAAUAUGUAACUUUGGUUCUAACCUUAUCAAUGAUUGUUUUGUUGAUAAUAAUCAUCAUGAGCUUCUUUCAAUUCCUCCAAACCCAUUAAUAUUUGAUCAUAACAUCAACAACUAUGGUAAUAUUGUCCAUGAUCCAAGCUCUAGCACAAUUGGAUCCUUCUCUUGUUAUGAUCGGGAGGUUAAGGGAGAAGGAGAAAAUGACGGAGGCCCUUCUUCGGCAACAACAAUUACGACAACCGCGAUUGAUGGUGCCAAACAUAGGGCUAAAACCGACAAGUCUAAUAUACUCAUUUGUGAGAAGAGAAGGAGAGAUCGAAUGAAGGAUAAGCUUUAUGAGUUGCGUUCUUUGGUUCCAAACAUUACAAAGAUGGAUAAGGCCUCUAUAAUUGGAGAUGCAGUAUCAUAUGUGCAUGACCUUCAAGCACAAGCUUGGAAGUUGAAGGAUGAGGUUUCAGGACUUGAAGCAUCCUUAUUGGUAUCUGAAAAUCAUCAAGGAUCAAUUAACAACACCAUUAAUAUUCAAAGUUAUCCUACUUUCAAGAAAAUUAUUCAGGUGGACAUGUUCCAAGUAGAGGAAAGAGGAUAUUAUGCAAAAAUAUUGUGCAAUAGAGGAGAAGGAGUAGCUGCUUCAUUGUACAAGGCUAUUGAAUCUCUUGCAAAUUUCAAUAUUCAAAAUUCAAAUUUGGCUACAGUUUUUGACAAUUUUCUAUUCACAUUUACAUUGAAUGUAAGUGGUUCUGAACCAGAAAUGAACCUUCAAAAUUUGAAGCUAUUGGUGGUUGGUGCACUUUUGAACCAAGGCUUUGAAUUCAUGCCAUCCUUUUGAGCCAUUGCAUGAAGUAGUACUCCACGUGAAGGUUGCUCAAAAAAAAAAAAAUAGUAUUACAAAUUUUGUUGUCUCUAGCUAUGUUUUUCUGUUUCUAUAAUUUCAAUCCUAGCUUAAUUCAAGUUUUUUUAAGUAGUUAUUAUAUACAUUAUGUAUUUUGGAAGAGUGAUUAAAUUGAUUGACUUUCUUUAAAUUAUUAGAGCUAUCCAAAAAAGAUGGGACCAAAUACAAAAAAGGAUAAGUCACUAGGUUUGAUCU